AUUAGUCAUAACUCAUAAUAGGAUGGUUAGUGUCCAGUUUGGUACAUUAUUGGGUUUGGUGAUUAGUCAUAACAGGUCAAGUAGCGCUCUUGAGAAAGGAUGACACCUCAUCUCUGAGGGCCCCAACCUCGACCGGACGGUACGUUGGGUUUAAGUUUGUUGUUUUAGAAAUAUACUAAGUAUUGAUUUUACUAAAUUUGUUAAAUAAGUUCGGUUUCAUUUGGUUGAAGUUUUUCGAUUUAAUACACCAAAUCACAUAUUGUUCGAUUUGUGAUAUCUAGGAGGGAUAACAACAAAAACAACAACAACAAUAUUAAAGGCUUAAUCUCAAAAGAUUUUGGAGUCGCGUAACAUGAAUCGAGAUAUAGACAUAAAAAGUUCUUGGAGGAAAAAAUGAAGAUAUAGACAAAAUUGGUCUUGCACUAGACUAGGGAUAUACAAGGUCCCAAUCCCAGGACCGUCCCGGAUCGAGACCGGUUAGUUCCUGGAAUUGUAUCGGGACCUUAAGUCGUCACAGUUCUGGGUUGAGACUUGAAAAGUUGAAAUCACAGUUAUAAGUCAUCUUUAACGUAGAAAACGUUUCAUCGGGUCAUCAUCAUCACGCCCCAUGCCAUCAUUGCCAUGAAAGAAAGUUGGGGAUUUAAUCCUCAAAACACAAUUACUGACGAUGUUAUGGAACAACUGUUGAAGCAACACCAGUCUUUUUCUUGCGCAAGCCACCAUUCUUGAAAUACGUGAUGCAGAAGAAGAGUUUGAAGAAGUAGAGGAAGAAGUGCAACAAGAAUUGGUCUCAUGCACAUUGACGACCAAGAAGGGUUCCAUGCCACGUAAGGAUGAGCAAGGGAGCGGCAUGAGUUCUUCCACACAAAUAGUUGAAGGGAAACGUAAUAAAAAAAAUACUCCCUACUCCAUAAGAUCUAAUUUAUUUCAGUUAAAGAACCUCGAAGAUGGCAUAUGGUAUCCAAAAUGCAACUAUUAUGGCCAAAUGAUAAACAUAGAGGCGGGAUGCAUGCCGAAAGAAAAGACAUUUAGAGCCCGUUUGGUAGCACGAAAAUCGGCUGAUUUGGCUGAUUCUGCUGAAAUUUAUAAAGUUCUGGCUGAAGUGGUUGCGUUGUCUGAUUCUGCUGAUUUAAGAAAAAAAUAUUUUUAAAAUAUAUUCUAUUAAUAAAACAAAGAAAAAAUUAUAUGUAAAAAUAGCUAAAAUGGUCAUCUACAGUAACUUCAGCCAAUACAGUCACAAAAGUAACUCCAACCUUACUUUUUCUGCUUAUUACACAAUUAAACGCGCGAAAG